AUGGAUGGAGGACAUGUCGCGCUGGGCGGGAACUCGCACGGUCUGCCACACAGCGCCACGUCGAUGUUCCGCACCACCACGAUCAUGCACAUCAAUGGUGCGUCCUCCAGCAUGACCAGGCUGUCCUCCUUCGACGCUUCUUUGCUUGGUGACGACGACAACGAAGAGAGGCAAAAGCAUCACUUGGAGGCCGCUCGAGCUGCUAGUGAUAGGAUGAAAGGGCUCACGCACGAUCAGAAAUCAUCUUCAGCCCUGGUCCCCUCGAGACGCACGUGCACGCAUACCAGAAGAGGCUUUCGCGAGGAUCACGCUUUAG